AUGUCCCAUGAAUACAAUACUUGCUACAUUGCCAACGGCAGUGUAGUAAGGAUUGUUCUCUCGGUGUGUUUGCAGACCCCCCUUUCCGCCGGUACUACGAACUACGACGAUGUGCUAGAUCUAUAUACAGAUCUUUGUGUUGCUCUACUGUUAUCACUUGUAGUCGCUACUUUUGCGGCACCUCAAGGGUACAAUGUCGGCACCCCCUCUGGUGCAGGUCUUACAUCCGGUCCUGGGUCUACUGAUGGUGGUGCAGGAGCGGCCGGUGGAGACCUAGUCAAUGGAGGAGGUGCAGCAACUGGAUGCCAAGAGGGAGAAGUCCUUCACGUUGAUGGGACAUGUGUAACUCCUGAAGUCACAAGAAAGGUCUAUGUAUUUAAUGUUCCUGAACAUGAGAGACCCAUUGGUCCAGCACCUAGUAUUCCUCCUCCAGCAGUGGACCACAACAUCUUGUUCGUGCGCCUUCCUGAGGAAGCACCUGCACCUGACCCUAUCGUACUUCCUCCACCAAGGCAAAACAACAUCGUCUAUGUACUCAACAAGCAAGAAGAACAAGCUCAACGAGUGAUCGAAGUACCAGCUCAGCCACAAGCUGAUCCCGAGAUUUACUUCGUCAACUAUCAAGAUGGCGAGAAUCCGACCCUUCCCUUAGGAGUAGACCUUGAAACUGCUCUCGGCGCCGCUGCUGCAGCCGGUGGUCAGGUUCUAGGAGGCGUCGAUGGAGCUGGAGGAGAAGCUGGAGUUGGUGGAGCAGCCGGAUUUGGUGGUGUGGGUGGAUUAGGAGGUGCAGGUGGAAUUACUGGAGUACAUGGAGGUAAUGGUCUCGGGGGUGUAAAUGGACUUGGCGUUGUUAAUGGAGUCGGUGUUAGUGGAGGAGUUAAUGGCGAGGCGGGAGGAUUCCAGAACGGCUCAGGGGGAAGUCCAGCAGGCCUUUACACAACUCCCUAGGGAAAACAUUUCCUUUAAGUCCCUUUUUUCGAUAUCUUAUGAAUUACUGUUUUUUCUCCCCAAAAUAUACGGGAACAUAAACGAGCAAAUUGUUUUAUUUUCUAAUUGGAGGUCCUGUAGGUAGGCACAAGA